AUGCUACAACCAUGGGCAGUCGGAUCAAUGUCAAGUGUCAAAGGGGCUCAGUUAUAUCAGCCGGUGCUCAAGGCUGACCACGAGUUUCUCGUACAACAUAACAUUGAUUAUCAGCCGGUACUGUAUCCCGGUUUUGCCUGGAGCAAUUGGCACAACACAACCCGUAACGCCCAGCCCCGAUUGCAUGGUGAUUUUAUGUGGCAACAGUUUGUCAAUCUUAGACAACUGGCCAUACCCAGUGCCUAUGUAGCCAUGUUUGACGAGUACGAUGAGGGUACGGCCAUUGCCAAAGCGGCCGAAACCAUAGAGGACAUACCCAGUGACCAGUACUUUCUGACACUGGAUGCCGACGGUGUCCGAGUGUCUGGCGAUUUUUAUCUACGACUUGUCGGUGAUGGCAAUCGUAUGAUCAGCGGACAGAUACCCUUACAGACAACACAUCCAACACCUCAUAUUAAAUCAUAA